AAAAAUAACUUUGCACAGGAGUAUAAAACAAAAUGACAAAAUAAUAUUUGGUCAUUGCGCGAUAAACUCGAAAAAAGGGGAAGGAAUAUAGAUAUGGGAAGGAGUAUAGAUAUGGGAAGGGAUGAAUCGAGGAAGUUGAAUGAAUCAUCAUCAUCAUCUAAAUAGAAGGGAGUUUCACUUGAGCUGCAGUAAAUUGGUUUGGGGAAGGCAUGGAAAUGAUCGGCGAGGAGUACGAACACUACUGGGAAACUCACACUUUCUUACAAUCGGAGGAGUUAGACAGGUAUUUGGAGGAUGGCAGCUGCAUCCCGUCAGCAGCGGCGGCGGCAGGAGCGUAUUACGAUUCAAGCUCGCCGGAGGGAUCGGCUGCAUCGAAGAACAUAGUUUCGGAGAGGAACCGAAGAAAAAAGCUGAAUGAAAGGCUGUUUGCGCUGAGGGCCGUCGUUCCCAAGAUCAGCAAGAUGGACAAAGCAUCGAUCAUCAAAGACGCAAUCCAGUACAUCCAGGAGUUGCGGGAGCAAGAGAGAGCAAUUCAAGCUGAGAUAUGGGAGCUGGAGUCCUCCUCUGCCACCGGACUGAUGAGCUGCUCCAAUUCCAAGAGGAGCAGGCGGCCGCCGGGAGGGGCCGCCGCCGCCUGUGACUCCUCAUCCCCGCUUCAUCUUCUGGAGCUGAGGGUCUCAUCAAUGGGGGAAAAAAUAUUGGCGGUGAGCCUGACGUGCACCAAAACAAGGGACACUAUGAUCAAACUUUGUGAGAUUUUUGAGUCUUUAGACAUCAAAAUCAUCAGUGCAAACAUCACUGCCUUUUCCGCCACCAUUCUCAACACUCUUUUCAUAGAGGCCGAAGAGGAAGACAAUGACGUAUUGAAAAUAAAGAUUGAAAGUGCCAUUGCAACAUUGAACGAUCCAGAAAGUCUAAGGGGAAUCUAAAAUAAUUUAUGAAUUUUUUACGGGAACAAUCACAGAUCAUCACAAGAAUUUUACUAGACAUAGGUUAUGGACAAAAAAGAGUUGUUCUUUUAAGUUUCAUAAAAUGAGACUAACUUAGCACUAAGUUUGGAAACUUCUAAAUCAAUUUUACUUAAAUUAUCCUCAGAAUUCCCAUAUCAAACGGUCAAACUGUUGGAUAUUCAUACAUAUAUUAACAAAACUCCAUAUGCGAUAUAUAUAUAAGUAUAUAAUAGCUAAAUCCAUAUAAAUCCAUGAAAUCAAAUAUGUAUGAAAUAAGAUUAGAAGAAUACCUUGAGAAUUCAUUUGCAUCAACACUUUAGGAAGACCCAGAAAUCCAAGACCGCUAGUAGGCUAAACCUUCCGAUGCAGUGUAUCGAAUAUGAGAUAUCCUAGUCCUAUAAUAGAUGGGUGUAAUAAACCAGAUCAAAAGCUUACUUUCAUUCAUAUAUGGGGAUAGGGGAGCUAGGGUUACAAUCAUCAGAUGGGCCAGUACACAUGGGCUCGGGCUAUGAACUAAUGGACAUCCAUAAUACAUAACACUCCCCCUUGGAUGUACAUUGCUUAAUAAUAAAAACAUUACAAGAAAAAUAUGAUGCUAUACAUUAUUAUCUCUAUACGCUAUGGUGUGCUGCAUCGUUAAAAACCUUGCCGAGGAAAACUCAAUGGGACAAAACCUUGGUCAAGGGAAAAAGAGUGCAGCGCGCAUAUACUCCCCUGUUGACUGCAUCACUUCAAGACUUCUUGUAUAAUCCAAUAUAAUCUGGUUACCAACUCCUUGUAGCAUGAACUUGUAAUAUGUGUAUGUCUCAUUAAAAACCUUGUUGGAAAAACCCUUUGGGGAGAAAACCAAUCAAGGAAAAAUACAUUACAUAUGUAAAACGAUGUGUUGUAUUGACUGUCUCGUUAAAAACCUUUAACUAAGAAAACCAUGCGGGAAAAACUUAGUAAAGGAAAAGAGUACAGUCAUUGGCCUUCGGGGCCUAAUCUUCUGGAUUGCUUUUGAAUUUACUCUUCUAGAAAAAAACAAUACUCUGAAUUUUAUGUAUCACAAUAUAUUAUUUCAAAGUCACAAAUUGCCUUGUUAAAAC